CUGGACUCAAGCGUAUUUGUGAAGGCGCUGCAGUAACAGCGGACGCAUCGCGGUGGCGUCUACUUUCUGCGCACUUUCGAUGUGGCGAAACGCGGGUUGGCAAAAAGCAAGCUUUACUUCAGGGAAGAGCUUCUGCCUGGAAAGUUAAAAGAGAAAGCAGAAAACUAGAUACUUGGGAGAUAUUAAGCGACCCGAAUCGCAUUGAUCGGGUGCAUCCGGCGCUGCCGCAAUGGACGGACUGGGAAACAGCUUAGAUGAUGUGUCGGCUGGCAGUAGUCCUGAAUUUCUUGAUCGGCUUUCUGUGAUGGAGGUAAGACUACAGACACAAGAGGAAGAAAUCACAUUGCUCAAGUCGGCUCUGACUGAUACCUUGCGCCGGAUCCGUAUAUACGAUGAACAGAUACCGCUUAUAAAGCAACACAUCAUUGCAGUUAAUCCCGCAGCUGCGGCAGUCCUAAAUCAUCCUUGUUUCACUGAUGCUAACACAUGCCUCCGAAAAGUGCCUAUAAGCUGUGGCCUUGAUUGUCUGCACCGUUCUUCAUGUCCAAGUUAUGUAGGAGUUCCAGCGGAACAAGAUGGAUUUAUUGAAAGAAAUUCUUUAUCAAAUAAGAAAGAAAAGUCUCACCAGAUUUACAGAUUGGAUGUAGGGACACAGACUGAUGAAUCCCUGGUGGAUUACCUUCAGCACAGUACAUUUUCCUUUCAUCCAGCAACAGAAAAUGAUGAUAUGGAUCUAAAGUGUAGGACUUCUUCCACAAAGAUUUCAUUUGCACAUACCCGAGCAGUUCAAAGCUUGUCCUUGGAAGAUGCCUUAAUCCCUGAAUCUCCAUUGUUAAAGGAAAAUGUAAAAAACAUUAAUUGUCUGCCUGAGCCAACAUUAGAGAACCCCCCUAUGACUUCCUGGACCAACAUGGUAGAGGAGCAACCUGUUAGGCCAACUUAUGUAAGUGGACUUCUAAAUGACCAACAGCAAUUAGAUUUGCUGCCUAAGCAGGAUAAAGAUGCUGUAAUACGAGAAUACGAUGAAUCCCACUUGCCUCCUGUUGAAGAGGGAAAAGAAACAAAUCACAAGCAGCUUACUCUUAAAGCCAACCUGGAAGAUGAUGUACCUGGGAAAGUAAAAGAGCCAAAUCAGUUUCCUCCCUCUCCUUCACAACUCAGAAAGAACCAAAAUCCCACUUCAAAAAGUGGCCAUAUGUCUCCUGUGUCUACAGUGACAGAAAAUGAGAAAAAACCACUAAUUCGCAGGAAUAGUUCUUCUGACAAGCUGGUGAAAGAAAAUCUUGAUAAGAAUAAGCAGAAACUGGCUAAGAAAACAGUAUCUUCUAUAAAUCUCCUAACACGGUCUUCCAGUUUAGAAAACCGUAAAGAUCUUGUUUCCAAUUCAAGCUCAUUUGUGUCCAGGCGAUUAAAUCAAGAUAUUCCCAUCAAGAUGUUUAUUCGAGGACGUCCAAUCACUAUGUACUGCCCUUCUAAUAUUCAGAACUAUGAAAACCUGAGAGUGGAGCAGCCAACAGAAAAGCUGGAUCUCGAGUGGGCAUAUGGGUAUCGUGGACGUGAUUGUCGCUCCAACCUGUACUUGCUACCGUCCGGAGAAGUUGUGUAUUUCAUUGCUUGUGUGGUGGUCUUGUACCACAUUGAUGAUCAGACUCAGAGACACUACCUUAAACACACCGAUUGUGUGCGAUGUCUUGCUGUCCAUCCAGAUAAAGUGCGUGUGGCUACAGGUCAGACGGCUGGAGUUGAUAAAGAUGGAAAGCCUUUGCAGCCUUUUGUCCAUAUCUGGAGUUCAUCCACCCUACUGACCCUUCAACAGAUUGGGCUCGGUUGUUUCGAGCGAGGAGUUGGUUCCAUUUCUUUCUCAUAUGCAGAUUUUGGGUCACUUCUCUGUGUGGUUGAUGAUUCCAAUGAACACAUGUUGUCUGUGUGGGACUGGAACAAGGGAAUCAAGCUAACUGAAAUAAAGAGCACCAAUGAAGCUGUGUUUGCUGUUGAAUUCAACCCUGCUGAUAGCAAUAAUAUCAUUAGCUGUGGAAAGUCCCAUGUGUAUUUCUGGACUUGGAACGCUGGCACUCUGACUAAAAAACAGGGCAUUUUUGGGAAAUACAAGAAGCCGAAAUUUAUCCAGUGUUUUGUAUUCAACGAGAAUGGUGAUGUCCUGACAGGUGAUUCAGAAGGAAAUAUCCUGACUUGGGGAAAAACUGCUGCUGAUACCAAAACCUUGGGUAAAGGAGCAAAAGAGACUUACCAGAUAGUGAGACAGACUAAAGCGCAUGAGGGCAGCAUCUUCACUCUCUGCCUUCUCAAGAGUGGUGCUCUGCUUAGUGGUGGCGGCAAAGAUCGAAAAAUUAUGUGGUGGAGCAAAGACCUGACUCUAGACAGGGAAGAUGAGAUUCCAGAACAAUUUGGAGCAGUGCGAACUAUAGCUGAGGUUAAAGAGGGGGAGCUUCUCAUUGGUACCACCAAAAAUGCCAUUCUACGUGGGAAAUUCUCAGAUGGGUUCACUCCAAUAGUUCAGGGCCACACAGGUGAAUUAUGGGGUUUAGCAACUCAUCCAUUUAAGAACAUGUUUCUGAGCUGUGCUCAUGACAAGCAAGUGUGCCUAUGGAAUGGUGUGGACCACUCACUGGAAUGGAGCUCAACACUAGAGGAAACUGGUCUGUGUGCAGACUUCCACCCUAAUGGAAAUGUUGUUGCUGUUGGUCUUAAUACAGGAAGAUGGGUAGUAUUAGAUAUUGAGACCCGAGAGGUUGUGUCUGACUUUACCAAUGGCAAUGAACAACUUUCAGUAGUUCGCUACUCACCAGAUGGUGUCUAUUUAGCAGUAGGCUCUCAUGACAACUUCAUAUAUAUCUAUAUGGUCACUGAAGCAGGGAGACGCUACACACGCUUUGGCAAGUGCACGGGUCACUCUAGUUUCAUCACUCACCUGGACUGGUCCAAAGACAGCAAAUUCAUCAUGUCCAACUCUGGAGAUUAUGAGAUCUUAUAUUGGGAUGUAGCAGGAGGAUGUAAACUGAUACGGAAUCGUUUUGAAAGCAAGGACCGGGAAUGGGCUUCUUACACUUGUGUGCUUGGCUUCCAUGUCAUAGGUGUAUGGCUAGAGGGUUCAGAUGGAACUGACAUCAAUGCACUUUGUCGUUCACACAAUGAGCGAGUUGUAGCUGUGGCAGAUGACUUCUGUAAAGUUCAUCUCUUUCAGUACCCUUGUCCUGUUCCCAAGGCACCAAGCCACAGAUAUGAUGGACAUGGCAGCCAUGUGACAAAUGUUCGCUUUACAUACAGUGACAGCCACUUGAUUUCCAUGGGUGGCAAAGACAUGAGCAUUCUACAGUGGCGCUUGGUGGGUGGAAGCCUGGACCGCAGUAGUUCCGUCUCCUGCACAUCUAUUGGUUCUUCGGAGACAGGAGGCUGUGGCUGAAUAUCAAGAAACUACAAGUGUGACAGUGCCAUUGUAAAAUAUUUUUUCUUAUGUUGUUCAGCUUGUAGCUGGACUUCUUAAAGAAGCAAGAAAGUCUGUGUGCAUUUAUUGUGACAUGGUAAACUCAAAAAAACACUGAGCAGCGAUUCAGUCCACACACACACACACACACACACACUCAACACAGUUGUUUGAAUAGACUGGUUCCAACAAGAAUUGAGUAAUAAUUUGGUGAUGAUCCUGUUUAUGAAUGGCUAAGUAGAUGCUGAAUGAAGAUGCACUACCCAAUAUAUUUUUAUAACCAUGAGUGUGUCAAGUGAAUGCAGUUAUUACAGUUUUCUUGUUUAUAAUAAUCUUCAGUUACUUGAUUUUCUAUUAUUCUAUUCUUGAUUACAACUUCAGAUUUAUAAGAUCUAAUGACUCUUGGCAUUAAUAUUGUUAGAAUUAUUAUUGCGACAUUUUCUAUGAUGCAGAAAUUGAUCUAUUAACAAUUUUCCAUCUAAUCAGACCAAAUGAAAAAUUCAUCUUACAAACUAGAAAGAUCACUUGUACAAUGAGCAGUAUUUUUUUGUAAUACAUUUUAUAUAUUUUUGGAAUUCUUAAGUAAAAUUGGUGUUGUGCUCAGUCUUGUAUGAGCCUCGGAGGAGAAUGAUCCCUGUCUACUUGACCAGCCUUUGCUCUCAUUUCUUUCUUUUUUCAUUUUGUGUAGUGUCUUAUGCAACAUAUUUAGCAUGUUCUUCAUGACUUUAGUUUCCACAAAGUCUUAUACAAUAUUUCUGCAUGUCUUUACUGUUAACCACCAUACAUAUAUACAACAUUAUGGACCUUUGCCACCUGUAAUGUGACAUUCUUGAGCCAUUAAUGUUGAGACUUCAUGUUUUUUUGCUCUGGUCCUGUGGGAAGGGAGGUCCUUUAUUACCUGCUUUCACUACUACAGCGGUGAUCUUAUUCCAAAUUCUAUUUUUUGAAGUCUCAAACAAAAGUGCUGCUCUCCUUCAGUCUCAUGACAUAAAUUUAGUUUGACAUGUAUCAUUAUCGUAACUGUAUCACUACCUUGCUUCAGUCUAGGCGUUCUAUUUCUGAGAAAAAACUUGUAUUGCUUUGGAUAAGUUAAAAGUAAGUUAUUUUUAUAUGCACUUUUGUAAAAUGCCACUGCCAUUUGUAAAGUGAAUCUAAUUAAUUAACCUUUUUCAGUAACAUGAUGCUGAUGAUUUCAGAAAAUGUAAUAAUAUUCUCAUGCCAGAAAUAAUUAACAACCAAAGUAGCUUGAAUUUUACUUAAAAUGAAAUAUAACCAGUUUUUCCUCAUUUCGCAGACCGAAAUGGAAUAUUGGCACCUCUUAAUUUUCCAGUGGCUUCUGUUAUCGAGCUAGAUGGGGCAGUAGCAUUCUCUUCUCCCUCUGGAGUCUUUACUCAGGCUCAUCCAAAUUUAAAUGUGUGUUAAAUGUAAUAUUAUUUAUCCAACCAGACUCCUUUAAACUCUAAAGUCAAUUCUUCUAUGAUAUAAUAAUGAGCUCCUUGUCCUGUAGUUAAAGAUGUUUCCAUCCUGUCUGGAUAGGGCUGUUUCUCUUUAAUCGUAAUAUGUCUGCAUGGUUAGGGUGCAUUGUGUGUUGGACUCGUUGUGCAUGUAUGAGUGAGAUGGUGUGGGAUGGUCCUGUCCUGUGCAUGUUGCCUCCAAGAUGGAUGUUGAUCCCUGUGAGGCAAGUUUGAUAAUGGAUAGAUGGACAAAUGUUGCAGGUGACUGACAUUAAUGAUUGUGUUAAGGGUGGUCUCUGAGUAGCUAAUGCAUUGUCUAAAUGAAUGAUGGUGAUUAUUCUGUUAAAGCUUGUUUAUUUACUUUUUCAAUCCUUUUUUUAUUUCUUAUUUUGUUGUGUUUCAGCAGAGUAAGAGUGAAUCGUAUCUUUGUAUUACAGAGUAUCAAAGCUCAAACAGCAUACAUUGUAUGGUCUUUUUUUUUUAAUGAUUAAUUUGUUGAUUGAUUAUGCUAGUGAUACAUACUAGUGAUUACGUUUAUUAGAUGGUUUAUUCAAAUCAGACUUCAGGUUGCUUCUGUAUUCAUUAACAAAUACAAAUAUAAAAUUGUAAUCAUAUAUUUGUGUUGAAUGAUGGUGCAGCUUCUCUAUUAUGACAAUGAAGAGGUCUUUUUUAUUUUCCCUUACCUUGAUUAUUGGUAGCAGACAAUUCCUGUUAGUGAGUAGAAACGACAAGAGUUGCUGCCUGCUCCUAAAGUGCAUGUUGGCUUUAUACAGCAUACAUUUAUAAAGACAAAAACUGGUCCAAAGUUUGUCUUACAACAAGAAAUCAAAAGUAGUACUUUAUAAAGUAAAUUGUACUAUUUAGAACCAAAUACAGAACAUUUCAUUUCACAUUCUGUCUCUUUGUCCCUUUCAUAGAUAAUUAUCAGUGGGCAGAGAGGGAAGGCAUCUGCUGACUGAACACCAAAGAAAUAAAAAAGUAGACCAGUGCAGUAAUACAAAGUCAUAUCUCUAUGCCAUCUGUUGUGUUUUGAACUCAGAUUCUCAUAGUAAAAAUUCUUACAAGGAUUUAUUUUAUAAAUAAUAUAUAAUAAUUUAUUACAUAAGGUGAAGAGUAUUAUAAAGUGUGAAUAUUUUUCCAUUAAUCCAGAUCUAGUUGAUUGACGUACUGAAGCCAAAAAUACCUGAAGAAAUAAAAUGUUUUUGACAAUAAAAAUGAAACAUUUAGACUUUGCACUCGGUUAGCCCUUCCUUUGUAAUGGUACAGAAUAUUUUAAGCCUCCUUAAGUGGGUGCAGCUCAGAAAUGACUUUUGUGAAUGUAGUGUCUUUAAAGAAAUGUUCUUUUGACUUGUGAAGCAAAGGCCCACAUUGUGGACUUUUAAUACUGUAGUGUAUUGUUACAAUCUUAAAAAAAUAUACAAAUGUCAGAAACAUUAUUUUUAUUCUUUAAGUAGAGUCUAUGUUUUUAUUUUGUAUUUUGUGUUUGUGCUUUCAUUCUGUUUUCUUAGGAUAAGUAAUUGUGUACAAAAGUGAAAAUACUAGAAUUAAUAACUGUGAAGAUGCUAAAUUCAGUACCAAGAUCCAUCAGAUCUCACAAUUUUCUAUGAGAUUUUGCUUUUAUUAUUUAGCAUUAUAUAUUUUAUGUAUACAAAUUUGUAUGAAAAGUUAUAAAUACAUUAUGUUUAACAAAGAACAGUCAGAUGCAAAUCGUUUUAAAUAUGUAACAAAGUUUAAUUAAUGAUACAAAAAUCAAUUUUAAGUCAUAGAUUGUACACAAUUUGUAUCUCAAAGCUUUUAUAACUUCACAUUUAAUAUUUACCUUAGGACAGUGUUUCCCAUGCUUUUUAAUGUGGACUAAUACUGUAUUCUUAUAAUAAAGUCUUUGAUUAGUUAUAUA